CCCCCCCCCUCUCUCUCAUCCCUCUCUCUAUAUUCCCAAUGUUUUGACUUCUCUUUCUCUCUCUCUACAUACGCACACUCACAUCUCAAUCUUCUCUCUGGUUUCCCUAGCCGUAUACACCAAAAUGGCGAUGGAAGGUGCGGAAUCGAAGCAGAACUCGUCUGCCGCCGAGGAGCAAAACAAUGAUUCUUCCCCUCGCAAUUCAUCGCCGCCGCCGCCUCCGCCACCUCAAGACACAGAGAAGACAACUUAUGUGAAGUUUCUUCUGUCAAAUCCUGAAGCUGGUUCUAUUAUUGGAAAAGGUGGCUCUACAAUUAAUGAUUUCCAAUCACGAUCAGGGGCUAGAAUUCAGUUAUCACGCAAUCAUGAAUUUUUCCCUGGUACCUCUGAUAGGAUUGUCAUGGUAUCUGGAACUGUUGAUGACAUACUCAAGGCACUUGAUCUUAUCCUUGCUAAAUUACUGGAUGAGUUUUUUGUCGAUGACGGUGGUGAUUCUGAGCCACGAUCCAAAUUUAGAUUAAUUGUGCCUAAUGGUUCUUGUGGUGGAAUAAUAGGGAAAGGAGGAGCCAUCAUAAAGACAUUCAUUGAAGACUCUGGAGCUGGCAUAAAGAUUUCUCCUCAAGACAAUAAUUUCCCUGGAUUUCAUGAUAGGUUAGUUACAGUGGCCGGUACUCUAGGCGAACAAAUCCGCGCUGUCGAAUUGAUUCUAUAUAAGUUGGCAGAAGACUCUUCUUAUAUGCAGUCCAUGAAUGCCCCAUUUCCAUAUUCAGCGGUUUAUAUGGGAAUGAACUAUGUGCCAAAUGGGGUUGGAGGGAGAUUUCAGAAUAACAGAUAUCAAAGCAAGGAGGAUAGGAGCAAUUCUGUGACUAUUGGUGUUGCAGAUGAUCACAUUGGGUUGGUGCUGGGUCGGAAUGGAAGGAACAUCAUUGAGAUAAGUCAGCUUAGCGGAGCUAGAAUAAAGAUUUCUGACAGGGGUGAUUUCAUGUCUGGGACUACUUCUGACAGGAAGGUUACAAUUACAGGGUCCCAACGAGCUAUUCGUACAGCUGAGGCUAUGAUCUCGAGGAAAGUAGCUUCAGUCAAUGAGAGGUGAUGGAAAACCAUAUAUUAUUCUCAUGCAUAGCUUGUUGAGAAUCUUUUUAAUGGUGGCAUUUCUUAUUGCGGUGAGUCUUAAAAUGCUGAUCUGAGGCAGGCAAGCAAGUUUUUGUUGAAAGAAAGCAUCAGUUAUUUCUGGAAAUUCUUUUAGAAGCAAAGCUUGUAGGCAUAAGUGAUUAUAACUGAAACUGAUUUAAUUGGUGGAUGGUACUUCUGAACACAGUGGGAUAUUGUGAUACUCCAAGUAGCAUUGAAUCUAUAAUUUUGAGGAAUCAAGGACAUUAUGCAUUAGAUAUGUUCCAAAUUUGGAAUUUUUUAAAUUAUUACUCAUACUGGUUAUAGAAAUGGUCAUUGUCAUUAUGAAUUUUCUCUAGCGUUA